UGGAACUAGUGGUUACAGUCUGAUCUCAGGUCGGUGUUCUCUUCGCGCGUUCCAGCUGGUGACCACGUGUCCCUGUCCGGCCUGCCAGCGGACCAUGUGGAGCAGCAAGAUGGCGGCGCGGUGGAGGGGUAAAGACGGGGAUUUAAAUGCCGAUACCAGCGACUUUCUGGCCGGCAACACCCACAAUGAGUUGGUCCUGAGUGGAGGUGUGGAGAUGGACGCACAGUCCUGUACAGAUCACUCCAUCCUGGCCAUUUUUGAGGACUCCACAGUCGCAUCAGAGAGUAAAGCUGGAGCGGAGGAAGAGAGUGAGACCCUGCUGUCGGCCCUGACUGAGAUGCUGGAUAGUGUGGAGGAUGAUGACAUGACUCUUUCUCCCUUUGAUACUCUGCCAGACACUAAGCUCCUCACCCACCCGGAGUGCGGGGACAGCUCAGCGGCACUCUGUGACAUACCUAGACCAAGACCUAAAACACCAAAUGUAAUAUUCACAGUAAAGAGAGAUGGAGAAAAGGAAGAUGCUAAGAACCCACAGUCGUUCACACAACAAAGUCAAACACUGUUUCACUCCAGAACUAAGAAAGCAGAGACCGAAGUCGAGGUCUUCACCUCAGCCUCUAUCGUCAACCUGGUUAAGCUCAUGCACUCCUACUGUGUGAAGCUGCAUGUGGACGAGGGAGAUAAACUGAUGAAAAACCACACAUUAUUCUCACAAGAGGAGGUGUGGAGGUACGAGAGGCCCACUGAGGAGAGCGACGAGGAGAUAAAUGUUGUAUCUGAUGAUGAGGAACCCAUGAAAGAGACAAAAGGGAAAGAAGAGGGAGGUGAAAAAAGAGACGAUGGGAAGCUCUUGAAGAGUGUGUUGCUGAAUGGAAACUCACCGAGGGCGCCAGCAUCCAGAGAGAAGAAAAGAGUGAGCUUUGGCCCCGUUCAAGUGGCUUCAUUUAACGAAUCAGUGGAAAAGGGAUUGAGCGAGAAAAAUCUAACAAGUGGGCACACAAGUGAGGCUGUGUCAGUUCCUCGAAACAGCACAAAAGCACUUGGAAACCCAGCUGGGUCAGCACUUGAACCUCAGACAGCACCGUCCUCAGAAAUGAACAGUUACAAGACUGAUGGUCCACCACCUAAAGGUGAGACGAAGGCCAAGUCACUCAGCCUCCAACAAUACAGACAGCUUCGCCGGAAGAGACAGCCUCUGGUGGAGAAACAGGGGAACUACACAACCAAGUGGCCGUCUGUGUCUGAGCCCCCCAAGGAGUUGCCGCCCAUUCUCUGUUUACAGGGACAAAGACAAAAUAGCUGCGGACCAAAGACAGCACACCACUAUCCAGACCGUACCAGAAUCAGUUAUCAUAAACCUGGUUACAAGAAUUCAUCCCAUCAUACCUCUCUAGCGCCCCCAGAGGCAAAAUCAUCCACUCAUUUACAUUGUGGCAGAUCAAAGCGCACAAGAACUGAAUCCAAAACCAUCUCACCUGCUAGUCCACUGCCAGACGUCACAGCUAACCCAAAUGUGAAUGUGCCUGAGAGCGUGAAAAGUCCAGUAAAGAAAGCAACAUUGCUUUGUAGUGAUCCCCCAAACCCUGUCCUCGUCCCCCUGCCAGUCAGCCAAACAGCAUCGCCAUCCACCACCCACUCCUCAUCAGAGUCCAAAGCAGAGUUCCUCGCUAUGGACUUCUACCUCCAGAGCACCACGCACUUACAAAAAAUCCAGAAUAAACCCUCAGCUGCAGUUCUUCAAAGACAGCCAUCCUCCUCAGAGCCAAACCCCCUAGUGGCGUCGGUAAACCAGGACAACACCGGCCUGCUUCAGGAAACUAAAAACCAGUUUACAGAGACAGCUCCAGAUGUCUCCUCUAGAUCUACACCACUGUGUCCUGCCACAACACAAACUGAAACUGCCCAAGAGUGCAGUGAACUACAGCCACAAAAAUACAGCCUCAGCUCAACAAAAGAAACCGAGGUGAAACCAAAGACUCCAAGUCCAGAUCCAGCAAGGCAAAUUAGGUGUCCUUCCUCCUCGCUGCACUCUGCUCAGCCACCUUCUCCCACAGAUACUCCCAUAUUGAUAAAGAAAGAGGUGUUGCCUGAGGUUUCCCUGAGUGUUUCCUCUCCCGAGGAACCAACACUUCUUCAGGUUGGCUUCAGUGCAACAUCCAACUCAGGAAUUGAAGCUCCUGAUCUGACCAGUCUGCUGGAACAGUUUGAGGAAACACAAGCAAAAGAGGAGAGAGUUUGCGAGAAUGAGCCCAGUCUCAUUAGUGCUACUCCACCUUCAAACCUACCAACAGAUGGACACAUGGAGCCUGUAGGAUCAGAAGAGACCUCUAGAUUACCACUGACCCCCUCUAUGGAACCACUCGCACUUUUCAGCACUUCAGAAUCACCUGGGAAUCUGCCACAGCUCCAAACCUUGGAGCAAGUGGACAUCCCAGAACCUCUCGGCACUGAAAUCAUCCUCAGCACUCAGCAAGAACUACCCGCAAGACGCAAAAAUCCUCCAUCCAAGGCCAUUCAGAUCAUCGACCCCCGCCCUCUACCAUCCAAGAGGACUCACAUUAGCACUUCAGAACCCCCUGCUGCUCACACCUCUCCUCAUAUGUAUUCAUCUGUAUCCUCAGAUCAUGAUUACUGCGGGCCUGAGGAUCAUUCACUUGUAAGUGCUACUCAGCGUAGCAGAGCUAAGCCCUCUUUACUCAAGGAUAUGUCCAAAACGACUAAUGAAUUGCAGGUGACUGCUCUCAACUCAAGUGCCGCUGCUGAAUGGAAAACACAGACCUCGACCGGACAAGUAAAGUCAGAGCAUCACCCUGAGCAACCCAAGACCAGAUCAGAGACAAACCCAUCCACAGACAAAGCCCUACAGUUUUUAGACUGCAGAGCUGCCACAGGAGAUGGACGUGCAAGUGAAGGCAAGACAGCCCCAUGCACUCCCCCCACACCUCCACCCAGCCCCCCUGUAGGAGGGCAGGGAGAAGAGGAGAUAUCGGAGAAGAUCUCCUCGUUCUGGAUCCAUCACAAGCAUUCAGAGAGCAGUUCGUGUUCAUCGUCCCCCUGUCGCUCAUUUUCCCGCUCCCCACCACGGCACUACCAGCUGUCUUACUCCAGAUCCAGAUGCAGCAGGUCAAGAUCUAGAUCUUGGUCACGGUCCAGGUCGCCAUCCAGAUCACGAUCACCAUCCCCACGGGUUUGCCAUAGGCAGUGGAAAGAUGUUUACAGCAGCAGAGAGUCCAGGAGGCUCAGGAGGGAGCACGAGAUGAGGAUCCAGAAACUUAAAGCCAUAGAUGAGCGCAGGGUGGUGUACGUCGGCCGCAUCCGCAGGACUAUGACUCACGAUGAACUCAGAGAACGCUUCUCUCAGUUCGGAGAGGUGGAAUGUGUGUCGCUUCACUUCAGAGACAGAGGCGACCACUAUGGCUUUGUCACAUUCUACAACAUGGAAGACGCUUUUGCAGCCAUAGAUAACGGCGGCAAACUACGGAAGCCCGAUGAGCUGCCAUUUGACAUCUGCUUCGGUGGUAGAAGACAGUUCUGCAAUUCGAACUACGCUGAUCUAGAUGCGAACAGAGAUGCAGAGCUGUCUCCUGUCAAGAGCAGGUUUGAGGACCUCGACUUUGACUCGUUGCUGAAACAGGCCCAGAGAGGAAUAAAGAGGUAGCAGAGCACAGAGCACAGAGCUGGACGUGGCAACGACGGAAAGAACUUUUUAUCACAAACCUCAGAGCUUUCUGCUUGUUUUGUUCUUAUGUAGCAAAUUUUUGUAUGUUAGUGUGUUUUUUAAUUUUUUGACUCUAAAUCUAAUAUGCAUGAAUUUUUUGUGUGUGCACUAUAUCUAAACAAAUAUGUAGCACUCUUAUUUUGAAAACGUUAUUAAAUAUUUUUGUCACAUUCCAUAACACUGAUUAAGUUUUGUAUAGGUAAAAAAAUAAAGGAUGGUCAACUAUAAGUAAA